AUGUGCCACUUUCAGGUCUCCUCACACUGCUGGUGUGUUCAAUUUUUUGACAUAGGGUGCUGGCAGAUUACGGGCCUCCCAUAGCUGCUGCCAGGCCCCUAAUCUGCCAUGGGCCCCUAUAUACCGCCUCCUCAUGCUGCUGCCAAGUCCAGAGUCUCUCAUGGGUCCCUGUACGGCCUCCCAUUGCUGCUGUCUCCAUCGCCACACUCUGCCAUGUGCCACUUUCAGGUCUCCUCACACUCCUGCUGGUUUCCAUUUUGUCAUAGGUUGCUGUAUGGCCUCCCAUUGCUGCUGCCUCCACCGCCACACUGUGGCUCCAAACACUGGUUUUGGCCCCGUGACUGCCCAAAUGAGUGAAGUGUGCGGUGAUUCUAAGAUCGACGGCACUCAUCUGCAUGUCAUACUG